CCUGCUUACAAGGCUGGGCUGAUUGGCCUAAAAGCACCUGCUGAACCCUUAUAAUGACUCUUGGUGUGGGGAGAGGUUGAGCUGUUGGUUUUUUGGGGAGUGUGUUCCCUGUCCUUUCCGAACCAUGGCCCGGGAACACAAUGAGGGAAUGAAUCGGAGCACUCGUUCUGAGCUGGCCCCUGCCAGCUUCAUCUGGGGCUGUAAGCUAGAUCUUGAGAACCCCACAUACACAGCUGACAUCCUAAAGGACCAUCCAAGUGAGCAGCAGUUGAUCCUGAAGACGAUAUUACUCACAGAAGAUGCCAAGGAGGAGUUCCAUACUGUGGAGAUCUUACCUCCAAAGAACAGCAAGAAAUCUCCAAUCCACAUAGCUACUUUGAAACCUUCCGUGCUCCCGAUGACCAGCCUAAUGGGAUUUGAUAUGACCCCACCUGUCUCAUUCAGACUAAAGUCAGGAUCUGGGCCAGUCCACCUUGCUGGGUAUCAUCUAACAGCUGGAGAUGGCUACAGCUGGAGUCUGGAUGAUGAGAUGGAGGCAUCUUCCAAGGAAGACUCUCCUACCAAACCAGCCAAGCAUCUUUGCUCCAAGCAGUCAGCUGCAGCCAAGGAGGGGCAAGAGCAACCUCAGGAGAAGGGGACAAGGAAAGGGAGGGAGACAGCAUCAAGAGGAGACAAGAAGAUAUGAAUUCCAAUGGAAGGAAUAGCUGCUGAAAGGUCCCAUCCUAAUGCAUCCAUGAACGUUUGAACCCUAUAUGUGUUCCUAGGCACUCUGGAACUGCAAUCUACUGUCUUUCUGGAGAUCCACCUAUGACCUGAUAUGAAGUAUUUGUACAUCUUCUCUACAUUGUCUCUGGUAGAGAAAACCUUAAUUUCCAUGAUUGUUCUCUUCCAGCUUCUGGUACUAUGUAAUGCUGUUAAAAGGAAUAACAUAUUCUGUACUUGGA